UUUGAGCAUGCUUACUACGUUUGAACAUAAACAAAGGCGGCUCGUCGUUCUCAGUGAAACUGCCUAUUCGAGCUGUAUUUCUACCAGCCGGAGGCUUGUAAGACCGCGGUGUGUGGAGUCAUGGAACACGCGCUAAUGCUGCGAGUCAGCGUGUUUACUGACCAAGGAGGCAGGAAAUAUAUGGAAGAUGUGACCGAGGUGAUAGUAGAGCCCGAGCCGGGGGAAGGCGACCCGAGGCCGGCGGAGCGAGGGGAAGGCGGUGGGGAUGAGACUCCUGUCAGCCCCGCGGCCGGACACUCCAGUCCCGCUUCCCGAACGGAAGGACCCGUGCAGGUCCCGGACGCGUGCUGUAGAGAAGGGACCUGCACGGUAGAGGAGACCCCUUUACCGGAGAAUCUGCCUCCGCCUCGAGAGCAGCCGAGCCCCGUAAGUGGCACGGACGCGCGCCGCUCCGUGGCUUUCUUUGCUGUGUUUGAUGGUCACGGAGGUCGCGAGGCCGCGCAGUUCGCCCGGGAUUAUCUGUGGGAGUUCCUGAAGAAGCAGCGGGGGUUCUGGUCCGACUGUGACCGGGAGGUGUGCUCAGCCAUCCGCAAAGGAUUUGUAGCCUGCCACCACGCGAUGUGGAAGAAGCUACCCGAAUGGCCAAAAACGAUGACAGGUCUUCCAAGCACAUCAGGCACCACCGCCAGUGUAGUGGUACUACGAGGAAACCGUAUGUAUGUGGCCCACGUUGGGGACUCCUCCGUAGUUCUAGGGGUCCAGGAUGACCCGUCUGUGCCGUUCAUCAGAGCUGUUGAAGUCACCCAGGACCACAAGCCAGAACUGCCCAAAGAGAAGGAGCGCAUUGAAGGUCUGGGAGGAAGCGUGAUAAAGAAGUCUGGAGUGAACCGGGUGGUGUGGAAGAGGCCCCGGCUCAGUCACAACGGUCCAGUCCGGCGCAGCACCGUCAUAGACCAGAUACCUUUCCUGGCUGUAGCCAGGGCGCUAGGUGAUUUAUGGAGUUAUGACUUCUACAGCGGGGAGUUUGUUGUUUCUCCGGAGCCGGACACUAGCGUAGUGGUCCUUGACCCCAGAAAGCAUCGGUACAUCAUCCUGGGCAGUGAUGGUCUGUGGAAUAUGGUGCCCCCCCAGGAGGCCAUCUCCAUGUGUCAGAGCAGUGAUGAGGACACGGAACCCUGUGGCAUCUCGAGUGCACGACAACUGGUCAGACACGCUCUACUGCGAUGGCGCCAGCGAAUGCUUCGUGCCGAUAACACCAGCGCUAUCGUGAUUGCUCUGCAGGAUUCAGGAAGUUCUCAAAAAGUCCUGCAUCCUGAAGAAGUUCUGCUGGACCUGUCCAAGGCGUCCCAGUGUCCUCCCAUCUCUGUGUCUCGUGCUGACACUCCUGUCCUUCUGAAUCCUCCAGAGGAAGAUUCUACCUCCAGCGUCUGUGACUUCCUGCCUGCUCUGGAACGACGGGAUGGACUGCUGGGAAGCAACAGCCUGUACUGCAUGAGCUUCUCGGACCCCUUUGCUCUGACUCCUCUUGGUUCCAACAGCAGCGCAGAGUUCCCGACUCUCUCUUGUUCACCUGAAAGGACAGUAACCAGUAAAAGAUUUCAUAAUGAGUCCCCCACUUCAGGCCUGCUCGCCAAAAAAGCCCGCCGCAGGACUUCUGAGCGCCUACCACUGGCCCAGCACAAUGUGGAGAAGAAGCAGAAGGAAUCCAGCAACGUCUCUCCCAUUCUUCAGCAGCACAACAAGACCACAGUGUGCGUGUACUGAGACAUGGCAGCUGCAGGAUUUCUGUGUGUGAAGUCACUCAUGCCCCUGACCCUGGAACCUUAAAGCACUUCAUACAGAGUUUCUUCUCCCAGGAGGUGACCAGAUGAUGUAAAGGAGACUUUUUGUCUGAUGGCCACUGUCCAAAAUGUCCUUUUGGGCUUGACCGUAGACUCCUCCUCCUUGCAAAGACUCAGUGUAAGCAGAUCUUCAUCCUACAUGGUUCAGUGCAGCAUCUUAACCCAGACCUUCUUUCUGUUCCAAUAUCCACAGCGGGUUGGGGGCGCUCAGAGACCAACACUCCACCUGUCUGUGUUUACAAGCACUGCUCACUGUCCAUGUGUUCACAUCCCUCUGAAUGCAGCUAUGGACAGAUGUGUUCUCUGCUACAGCUGUUAAGCUUUUGGACAAAACCUCAGUGGUUUAGAUUUAUGGACUGAGAGUUUAAAAACAAAGCAAAUAAACUUAGCCCCAUAACUGUAGAUGUAUGCAGAUAAAAGCAUCCAGUUUGGACCUAAAUUUAUACUGGCUCAGAUGAAGAUUUCCCUUUGAAAACCCAUCCAUUUGUGUAGGUGAACCAGCUGUCUGCAUCACCAGCACCUUAUCUGACGUUUCAAAACCAGGUGACCUGAAUUCAUUCACAUUUCCUCCACUUUCAUUGUUGAUAUGUAACGUUCAACCCUAAAUUCCACCUAGUAUCUUCAGAGGAUUUAGUCUUUUUUAACAUUUGUAGGGACUAAUUGUGCCUAAUGAUGCAAAUAGGUAUUUUAUAGCUGAGUAUUUAACAAAGCCACGCUGUUUAUGUACAGCAGAUCUAUUUUUAUACUUUGUUUUAUUGUAAGUUGGUAGAAAACGACAGUGCCGUCUCGAGGGUCUCUAGCAUACUUUCUCACUCAUCAACACGAGUGCAGAACCAGCCUGGAAAGCUAGUCGUUUUUUAUUUAAUCACUGGAGAUUUGUCUUGAAUCUAAACUGAAGGUGCUGCUACAGUCACAGAUCAGUAAGCUAUGUGGUUUCUAUUGAUAUGAAUAUGUCAUGCUUUUCCUUUGUCAGUGUGCUUAUAUAACGUUACAAGUUAUAUAUUAUAUUAUUGUUGGGUUACGAUUCCAAAACUGGUUAUUUUUCAUUAUCAUCUAUGUCACUACAGUAAUGGAUCUUGGUUGGUGUCCUCACCUCCUUGUUUGUAAAUGAACCGUCACAGAGGCGUUUCUGUGGUUUCCUCCAUGGCUUUAGGCAGCCGCCUCUGGUUGUGUAGCAGAUAAGAGCCUCCUGAAGGUCCCCUUGGAUCUUCUGGCUCCGUUCCCUUUGAGCGGCCAUGUUUGUGUUGCGUUGUGUUUCAGUGCCCCCUGUUUUCCAUGGAUGGGAACAAGGCAGUCUCCCCUGCUGCUUCUGAGUGGUGUUGUUGAUGUAUGCACAGAUUCAUGAGAGGAAAAACUCUGCACGGACUUUUGAGUAGAUCUGCACUUUCAUGGUGACGUUAAGAAGCGAUUGCUGUUGUUUUCUUGUUCUGAAUGAUACAGCUGGAGGGGGUGACAUGCGUCUGUGGACAUAGGUGCUGGACGUCACAUUACAGUGAAUCCUCAUCGAGCUGUGUGAAGGUGUUAGAACAUCGUCAUGCCCUUCGCCUCUCUGUCAUUCAUGUAGAAUUCCAGGAGUUUUAGGAACUGUAAAAUUAUAACCAUUCCAUAUGAAAAUUGAUUUCUUAAAUGUUUGGUGUUUCAUGACUGUUUUUUGUUUUUGUUCUUCAAUGGUGCUGAAGUGCAAUUUAUGACUGGAAAUAGGACCCAAAAGCCUAACGUCUCCAAACAGAUGUGUAUCUGUGUUCAUACUGGUUUCCUGUAGUCUCUGGUCUCCCUGAUGGUAGCAAAUAUGGGCGAUUUACAUGUUUUAUAGCCUUGAUAUUUGGUUUUAGUCUCCUUGUUUAGAUCUUGAUCCACAGUUUUUGAAGAAUCUUUAAAAACCUCAUCAACUGAUUCACCCUGUUGGAUACUUUAAACCUAUUUCAGAAAGCUGCUCCACCAGCUAAAGUGCAUGUGUACAGUGUAAAUGUGGAAAAAAAAUCUUAUCUGGAAAUCUGCGUAUAUAAAUAAAAUGCUCUUUAAAAUUGA